AUGCUGCUCUCGAUUGUCAUGCCAUACGCUAGAACUAAAAAGAUGUCGGCUUGCUGUGAUGCUAGGGCCCGUCAGAAUGAGAAAGCUCAGCUACAGGAACUGAACGACCGCCUCCUCCAUUAUGUCCAAAAUGUAAAGAACAUGAGGGAUCAACUCUCAAAGGUUGAUAAAUGUGCUGAGUUGAAUCGGAUCUGGGACAUGGAAGAAGAAAUGCUCUCUAUUCGCAACAUGUAUAACAGUGAAAUCCAAGUCCUUCGCGACCAGCUGGAGCAGAACUGCAAAGAACGGAUGCAGAUUGAAAUUUGCAACCACAAAAACUCACAGCUAAUCGCUGAAUUCAGAGAAAGUGUAAUGGCGCUGAAUGCAUGCAUUAUGCAGAAGGAUGAAGAGAAAAAGAAACUGGAGGUUCUUCUGGUCCAGAAAGAAGCAGAGUUGAAGGAGAUCCAAGAUAAUACAACAAGCUGCAUACCACAGUUGGAAGUAGCCAGUCGAGAACUUGAAAUUCUACACAGGAACAUUGCAGAAAUCCAAGCGAAGUAUGAGAAAGAACAUAGAGAGGCCAUGGAUCUUCAAUGCCAGAUUCAGCACCUGAAACACAGUCUGGAUGUCCAACAAGAAUUUCACUGCAAGGAAAUUCAGAAAAUGAGAGACAAAGUAGAUGAAUCAGAGAUUUUGAUCCAACGACUGGAGGAGAAACUGAGAAGAGACACCAGGUGCGACAGUGAAGCCAUGGAUUUAGUGAAGAGGAUUCGAGACACUAAUGAAGCUGAACUCAUGCACUUUCAGGAACAGGCUGAAAAGGCCUACAAUCAAAAUAUUAUUGAUCUAACGGCGCGUCUUAAUAAGGAUCAUGUGGAACUGCAGCAAAUUCGAGAUGAAAACAGGUGUCUCCGUCGGCAUAUUAAUGAUCUGACAGUAGAAGUCAAAACCCUGCAAAGCAAGCUUCUCUACGAAGAGGAAACCAAGAUAGCUUUCAUUGAAAAAAUGACUUGCGAACAUCAAAGGAAUCAACAACAUAUACAGAUACUGAAGACGAGGCUCGAGGAAAUGCAAGAUCUUGUCUUGGCCAAAAUGAAAGAGCUUAGUUCUCAAGACAAGUCUCCCUGCUUACAAGGGGACAUCGAAUCCAUAACAGCUGUGCUUGAUGAUGAAGAAAAAAAAAUUCGGGAGAGUCAAGUUCAGUGCUGCCUCAGGAAGUCUUCGGCGAAUGCUAGGAACCGUUUCCCUGUUAGCUGCAUUCCUUUGAACUUACUGCACUGUCCACUGCCAACAUGUCAGACCCCGUGCACUUCUACGAGUCAACCCUUGUGCCCGCCCGUCUCUGGGCUGAGCUCAUGUACCACACCAAGUCAUCCCCUAGCGCCACCAGUCGCUGGGCUGAGCUCCUGCAAUUCUGCAAGCCAACCACCUCCUUGUUUAUCCUCAUGUACUCCUCCUCGCCAACCUCUGUGUCCACCAGUUCCGUGUCUGUCCUCGUGCCCUCCGACCAGCCAGCCUCUCUGUCCCUCAGCCCCUUGUCUGACUUCCUGCACCUCUACAAGCCAACCAUUCUACCCGGCAGCUCCAAUCCAGAUGUCAUGUGCGUCUGCAAACCAUUCGCACAGUUUGUCUACUGGUUUGGCCUCGUGUGGUGUUGCAAAUUCCCUGUGUUGUCCACAUAGUUCUAGUCUGGCCUCGUGUAGUUCUGGGAGUGAUCCCCAUUAUACAAUGGCCCCGACAAUGUACAAAGCGUCUACAAGUUCAGCUCAACCGUGUUCAUGUACUGCACCUCCAGAGGUGCAUUCCAAACCUUGCCAAACAGCCGGGCUGCAGAAGAUCGGGCAUGAAAACUGUGUAGCACAUUGUUCUGAUGAUGAGACAAAGAGACACUGUUCAAGACCUUCGUCCCAUUCUGUAGACAACAAAAUAGGCCAAGGGAGAGACUAUUUCAACACUAUGUUUAAGGAACUGAAGAAGGACAGCUUAUACAGCAAGUGCCCUGGUUACAAAUUCUCUCCCACUACGUGUGAGCAAAACAGACCUUCCACCAGAAAUUCUGAAGUGAGAAAAGAUUAUCCUAAUCCAACAGACUAUGCCAUCUUGCACUGUCAUGAACUUUUGCCCAAUAGCUCCUUUGAUUUCCUGAGGGAGAUGAAUAGCCACAAGUGA